UUUAAUUAGAAGACCUUUUGGUAUUUGGGAAUGGUUUCAAUCUAUUUUACUAUACGUGAGUAAUUAAAAACGGGCCGCGAGAGGGAAAGGGGAAUUUUUCCGGCGAGACAUGGACGUACUGUUCAAUUCAAUUGACGUUAGAGAUCUACUCUCGUCGCCGGACAUCGACGAUGUAAACUCACCGUUAUCUGCUCCAGAUCUCCGUCUUCUCAUCGACCGUCUACAACUUCGUUCCGUCGAUAUAAAAUCCAAAGUCCGGCAAUACAUUCUCUCACAUCACUCCGAAUUCUCCACACUCUUUUCUCAGUGUUCCGACGUCGUUUCAAAAUCUGAAAAUCUCACUUCUCAAGUAUCCGACUUGAUUCAACUCAUCUCGGAUCAUCCAGUUGAAGCUCAAACCAAAGCUGUAAUUGAUGAAAUUCUGGUAAAAAAUAGAGAGGUGAAGGAAAAAAGGGAAUUGUUAGGGUUGCUUAAUGUGAUUUUGGAAUUGAGUGAUAGACUGAGGUUUGUGAAGGAGAAGAUUAAGGUAGGGAGAGUUGAACAAGCGGCUGAAGCCUUAAGGGAGUUAAAGGCAGUGUUGGUUACGAGUAAUGAUGAGGAAAAACAGCCUUUGGUUUACGGAUUGUUGAAGGAUGAAUGGACUGAGUGUUUUGAGGAGAUGCAAGAGGUGCUUUUGCAAUGUAUGGACAGUGCAGUGUGGUUUGAGCAAGAAACCAAUACAGUUCACCUGAAGUAUCAGUUGAGCAUCAGAGGUUUUGAUGGGAUUGAGCUCCACACAGUUGUAAAAGCGAUGAAUGCAGUUGGUAUUAUGGAUUAUGGGCUGGCAAAAGUAGCAGAUUUGAUGAUUAAACAUGUAAUAAUGCCAGUGGUGAGUUUUAGGUCAACUAUUGUGGUGGAAUGGAUUAAUCAGGAGUCUGGAAAUGGUGUCAAGGCAAAUCUGAAGAUACUUCCAUCUGCUGAUCCAAAUGUUGACAGUAUUGAUGGGGGAAGUAUGUACUCUGUACUUAUUGAUGUUAUCAAGUUUAUUAGUAAGUUUUUGUGCUUUGAAAAUAGUACAUGGAUGCUGUGCUUUGGAAAAUUAACAUGGCCAAGGAUGUCAGAUUUGAUAGUAUCCAACUUCCUCUCCAAGAGAGUGCCUGAUGAUGCUUCCAAACUGGUAGAUUUUCAGAAAAUUGUGAAGUGCACAUCUAACUUUGAGGCAAGUUUGAAGGAGUUAAUGUUCAUUGCUUCCUCUGAUGGCAAGGAUGAAAGAUUGAGCAAAUUUGCAGAUAAUGUGGAGGUUCAUUUUGCAUCGAGAAAAAAGGUUGAGAUUUUGGCCAAGGCAAGAAAUCAACUUUUACAGUCUGACUUCCGUCUUCCUGAGCUCUUUCUGCAGGAUGGCACUAGGAGAAACUCUAAAGUUAAGAAUGAUGAUAAUGCUGAAAGUUCAUCUGACCUUGUUGUCGAUUUGCUUUUUACAUCUGAGAGAUGUGUGGUGUCUGAAGCAGCGUCACAACUAAUGAAGUUAGUUCAUGAAACACUCAAGGAUGCUUGCUUGUCAUCUUCUAGAGUGGGGUUGGAAUUCUAUCACUCUGCUAGGGAUUCUCUACUUCUUUAUGAAGCUAUCAUACCUGUCAAGUUCGAAAGACAGCUCGAUUCCAUCAACCAUUCUGCCGUUCUUAUUCACAAUGAUUGCCACUAUCUAUCUCAGGAGAUACUUGGACUUGCAUUUGAGUACCGCUCAGACUUUCCAGCUUCAAUGAAGGAACUUGUUGUAUUUGCUGAUUUGGCUCCAAGAUUCCAGAUGCUUGCGGAAGAAGUUUUACAAAGACAAAUAAAACUUGUCAUUUAUAACCUAAAACAGGCUAUUGAUGGGGCCGAUGGAUUUCAAAAUACUCACCAAAUGAAGCAAUAUGAAUCUGCUAAGUUGAGUAUUGACCAGGUGAUUUUCAUACUUGAGAAAGUAUAUAUUAUAUGGCACCGUUUACUCCUACCUUCUGCAUACAAGAGAAGUAUGAGCAUGGUCCUGGAGGAAGUCUUUUCAAGAAUAGCAAAUGAUAUCCUCCUCCUAGAUGAUAUUGCUGCAGAAGAAACAUUGCAGCUUCAAAGGCUGAUUCAUCUGCUAUUCGAGAAUCUGUCUUCUUUGUUGGACUCGGUAUUGGCUAUUAACCAGACAGGAAAGUUGCAGGAAUCUCCUGCACAAACUCUUGAUGAUCUUAUACCAUCCCUUCGGAAAUUACGCAAGCUAGCAGAUCUCCUGGAUAUGCCAUUGAAAUCUAUUACUGCAGCUUGGGAGACUGAUGAACUUGUCAACCAUGGUUUUAAGCAAUCAGAGGUUGAAGACUUCAUCAGAGCCAUAUUUGCAGAUUCACCUCUGAGGAAAGAGUGCUUACGAAGAAUAGAAAGUCGAUAUUACCAAGCUUUCAGUUACAGUUUAGAUUAUUGAUAUCUACAGCUAGAAGUUUUACUUGUGUUGGAUCUCUCUCAACCUCGAUAAGUUUUGCGAUUUUGUUACUUGAGGAGCCUUCUAUAGUCCAUUUAUCCAAGUUUCAAAAUCAAUGAAUUGCUGUUUUAUGUAUUUAUUGGAGUUUGGCAGUUGGAACCAUAGAAUCUACUUUGAUAGGCUUCUUCAUGUGAAAUGUAAAUCGGUUCAUUGUACAUUUAUGAGGAUAUCAUACAACUAGGUAAUAAAUAUGGCAUGAUACUUGUGUAUCGUUCCGACUUCUGAA